AUGCGCCAUUUUCUACGCUUUAUCGACUACACAGAUUUUAUUGGUGAAGGAGGGCCAAACAAUUAUACAUGGAACGUGAUACGCUCAGAAGCAGAUGAGCUGCUCUUUAGACAUGCCGCAUACUCAGGGGCAAAGGCCUUUGAGGGUGUCAAGGUCAAUUCGGUUGCCUUCAUGCCAUCACUCACGUCGAACGCAAGCCGCGGGCGGCCUGUCUCGGCGUCCUAUACACGAAAGUCCGACGGGGCGACUGGCGUCAUCGGAUUUCAAUAUGUCAUCGAUGCCAGUGGCCGUGCUGGAAUACUCAAUACUAAAUACUUCAAAAAUCGAAAAUAUAACCAAGGUCCGAGGAAUUUUGCAGUCUGGGCGUACUGGAAGGCAACGGGCAAGUACGGUAAAGGAACUCAGAGAGAGAAUUCGCCUUACUUUGAAGCGUUGAUGGACGAAAGCGGCUGGGCAUGGUUCAUUCCUCUCCAUGACGGCACCCAUUCUGUCGGUGUGGUGAUGGACCAGGAAAGGAUUAACCAGAAGAAAUUCGUUUCUGGGCUCGCCACAACUGAACUUUAUCUGCCGUCGCUAGAGCUAGCACCUCGCCUUAACAGCUAUCUGUCUGGUGGUAAAAUGGUCACUGAUCUCAAAUCGGCAUCGGACUUCUCCUAUGAUUCAUCUUCUUAUGCCUGUCCCUAUGCCCGAGUUGUCGGGGAUGCAGGAUGCUUCAUCGACCCAUUCUUCUCGUCGGGAGUCCAUCUAGCCAUCACAGGCGCGUUGUCCGCAGCCACAACCAUCUGCGCUGCAAUCAGAGGAGACUGUGAUGAGGAGACUGCAGCAACGUGGCACAGCGCAAAAGUAAAAGGGGGCUACUUCCACUGGCUCAUCGUCGUUCUCAGCGCUUAUAAGCAAAUGUGCAACCAAUCUGAGCCAGUUCUGAGUGAUGUUGGGGAGGACAAUUUCAAUCGGGCGUUCAACUCCUUCAAGCCAAUAUCUCCACGAGAUCCAAUUCUCCAAGUUCAAGGGGAAAUAUAUGUUCAAUCGCAUCUACCACCUACGACGCACAAGAAUGAUUGUCUACCAACUAGCCAUGAUCCUCUGCGUAUGCUCCGAGUCGGUGGGAACAGCAGCCUUAUCAGCAAUAUCCAGGGGCAACACCCUGGCGUCAAGGUCCACAAUAACAGCUUCAUCGGCGCGGCCUCAUACAAUAUAUUCGUGGGAAUCUCCGUGGCAACGAUCUUCGGCGCGGCGUUCUUUUUCGACCUCUUCUGGCCCGACAGACACGAAAGUACGUCUGUCCGAUUAGCGUGGAAAAUAUGCGCGGUGGUUGUCUCGGUAAUGAUGCUCAGCUCCGCUCUUGUUAUGACGUGCCGAUAUCACUGGUACGGAUGCCGCCUCUGCGAGAAAGUUCUGCAUUUUAGCAUACAGAACCAAUCCCAAGGCAGUUGCUUCGGUUGUUCUAGCUUGGCCCGGCUGGGUCGCGACUGUUGUUAG